UAACCUCGGACCGGGCCAGGCCAACGCCGAACUGAUCCUCCUCGCCGGCUUGAAUGAAAUGCUAGAAUAAAAUAGCACGAGCUCGCGAAGCCCCGCCCGAUCCCCAGAAAUAAACAAAAGCCGGCGCUCCCCCAAUCAGACGCUGCAACCAACGAAUGCUGCGUCCGUCGUCUGGUAAGCGCGCGCCUACCACCCGGGCCAGGCAUUCCCACGGGGGCGACCGUGUCGUCCUCGUGCUCGGCUACUUAUCAGACGCCACCAUCGCCAUCGUCACCUCCCUCUCCUCUCCCAUCUGUCCAGCCAUCUCUCCAGGUCCAGGGGCAGCAGCAAUAAGUUCCUUCUCUGGCCCAGCGCGAAAGAGCUAGCCGCAGCAGUGCCAGUAUAAAAGAGGCUCUGUCACCCAUACCAACCCAGCCAAACCUGCCGUACCCGCGCAAAACCGCGUGGAGGAUCGUGGAGUACCAGCGAACAGCAGCACCAGCGAGGCCUCGGCCGACAGGGUUGAAUUGAAGCUCUCUCUACGCAGCUGCAUAGAGGCUAGAGGAAUCUCUCUUCCCCAUGUCCGGUGUUAUAGCGAGUCAUUGAGGGAGAGGGGAGCUUCGAUCAGGGCACUAGCUUGCAGGAGCAAGAAAUUGAGCUGCGAGAGGGAGAGGGGGGAUUCGUCUCAUUCAUUCAUCCAUGGUUGUGCAGAAGCCGUGGUUGCCCGUCGAUCUGCGGCUGCCGGCGGGGCCGCAGGCGUCGCUGGGGAUCCUGGCGUUCGAGGCGGCGGCGGCCAUGUCCAAGCUGCUGUCGCUGCACCGGUCGCUGUCGGACCAGGAGGUCUCCCGCCUGCGCUCCGACGCCAUGCGCUCGCCGGGCGUCGCCUACCUUAACUCCACCGACCAGGCGUUCCUCCUCAGGCUGGCCUGUGCCGAGCUCGUCGUGUCACUGGACGCCGCGGCGGCCGCCGUCGCGCGCCUCGGCCUGCGCUGCGGCCUCGACUUCGGCGGGGUGUACUCGUGCCUCAAGGCCGGCGCGCACGACGCGCGGCUCGACCCGCUCGUCGCCAAGGGGCUCAGGGUCAAGGCCAAGAAGAUGGAGCGCCUCGUCGCGGCCACGGCCAGGCUCUGCUCCGAAAUGGAGGCGCUGGACGAGAUGGAAUCAGCCGAGCGGAAGAUGAACGUCCGGGGAUGGCGCCUCAGCGGGCCGAUCCCGCAGAACCCACAGGCAGCGGCGGCGGCGGCGGCGGCAGCAGCGGCGCAGCAGCAGCAGGCCGGGGACUCGCCCGAGGCGGAGUCGCUCCGGCAGGAGCUCAAGAUGCAGCGGCUCAAGGUGAAGCGCCUCAAGGAGGAGUCCCUCUGGAACCAGAGCUACGAGAAGGCCGUCGGUCUCAUGGCGCGCGCUGCCUGCGCCGUGUUCGUCCGCAUCUGCUCCAUCUUCGGCCCGUUCGUGCCCGGGCUCCCGCCGCCGCUGCCGUCGGCUACCACGGACAGCGUCCAGACCCGGCUGUCGAAGCUGCUGCACCCGCGGUCGGCGAGGGCGAAGGCGUCGUCGGGGCCGAUCACGCGCCGGGACGGCCCGUCCCGCGUCCACCCGCCGAUGAGCAACUCGUGCCCGAUCAUCGGCCUCCGCCCCUCCGGCCAGAAAUCCCCCACCGACUGGCGCAAGCUCCUGGACGCGCCGCCCAGCACCGUCGGCGGCGCGGGGCUGGACCAGCAGUACGCGAACGUGAUCGUGUCCGCGGAGGAGCUGCUCCGGAUGGAGGCCGAGGGGCGGCAGGAGGAGGCCGCGGCGGAGCGCGCGGAGAUGUACGAGAUGCUCCCGGCGAAGCUCCGGGCGGCGGUGCGGUCGAAGCUGCGGGAGUGGUGGCGCGACCCGGGCCCGCUGGACGAGGGCCUGGCGCGGGGGUGGAAGGACGCGGUGGACCGCAUCAUGGCGUGGCUGGGCCCGAUGGCGCGGGACACGGCGCGGUGGCAGGCGGAGCGGAACAUGGACCGGACGCGCCGGUUCGACGGCGCGCCGAGGGUGUACGCGCUGCAGACGCUGCGGUGGGCGGACAAGGAGAAGGCGGAGGCGGCCAUCGUCGAGGUGCUCGUCGCGCUCAGCUGCAUCUGCUGGUACGAGGAGCGCCGGCGAGGCUCCGUCCGUCUCGGUUGAACCGUUCAACGACGCACUCGAUCCGGACCGGACGGACGUGGCGGUUGGGCGUUUCUUCCUCCUCUUCUUUCUCCUGCGUUUUGUCAAAGCUUUGAUUUGAAGAGUUGAUUUUUUUUUGGGGCCGGUAGAAGUUAGAACGGGUGGGUGGUGGUGCGUUCAACGGGUUAGGAACGAUGGAGACGACACGACCGUAGCAGCAGCAGCAAUAGUUGAAACGAAAUUAAAUCGUUGAUUGGUUUGCGCGUAUGGUGGCUGUCAGCGGCCUGACGCCGACAUGUGGGGCUGAGCCCCUCUCCCGUCGGUCUCACACCGGUGACAGAGUCCGGUGUAAAAUACAUAAUGUUACGCGAAAGGAAGGAUAGUGUAAUGUAAUAUAUACUACGAUUGAUUCUUUGAAAUUCAUCCAAUCUCAGCGGCAAUUAUUAUUACUCUUCUUUUCAAAUACAACGCUCAUGUA